AUGAUCUCUUUGUUAUUAUUCAGUAAUUUAUUAAUCAUUUCUAUACAAGGAGUUGUUAUACCAGAGGCUAAUCCAAUUGAUUAUCAAUCAAAACGUUGGACUGAUUUUAAAAGAGCUAUCAGAUGGUCAGAAUAUCCAUUCACAUUUACACCAGAGAUUAAACGUCAUUAUUUAUAUGAACAACGACCAUAUUAUAAUGAUAUUUUAGUAUGA